AUGUCGAGUUUUUCCGGUUACAGAAAGGCAGAUUUAAGCAGCCUCUUGAAAAAGAUUGGAGUACACACUGUUUCCAAAGAUACCAAGAAAAUCAUGGUUGAGAAAUUGGACAAUUUUGUCGCAAAAAACCCAGACCAAAUCCCAUUGGUGAAUAAGAUCUUGGAAGAGAUUGGUGCUAAUGAAGCUGACGAGGAAGAAGUCACUGUUGUUGAGGAAGCUGUUGCCGAUGUAAAGGAAGAAAACAACAACGACAAUGGUGAAGAAGGAGAAGAAGAAGAAGAAGAAGAAGAAGAAGAGGAUGACGAAGAAGAAGAAGAGGACGAGGAUGACGAAGAGGACGACAAGGAUUACAAUGCUCCACCACCUUUGAACUUGAAGGAAACUAUUAUUGAUCCUAUCCUUGCCAAAUCUGAAGUUGCAAUUGACAAAUUCUACGAAUUCACCGAUUCUGUAGGUAUCACCUAUUUGGACACCACAGAGAGAUUGAGGGACCAGUUAUCUUCAACUGUGACUUUGAACUUUCUCGAGAUUUUAGUGGAGUUUUUGUUCUACCUCUACAACUUCACUUCUGUUGUUCCAUUAAACAAAAACAAAUUUAUCCACCAAUUCUUCCACGACAACAUUCCAUACUUGGCCGAGUCAACCUUCCCAUCAAUUGAAAUCACCAGCUUGUUCCAAUACAAGGCAAUUGCAACGGGGAUAACUUGGAUCUUGUUUGCCAUUGUCGUUCCUUCCAUCACUUCCUAUUUCGUCAACUUCACUUCCAGAGUUAUCGAAGUCGAAGAAGAUGAAUACUUGUUCAGAGUUUACUCCUUUGACCCUUUCAUCUUUGCAAUUGUCAAAGUGUUGACCUACUACUUGGUUGGCCAAUCUACCUUGAUCGACUUGUCCACUCAAGAAUACUUCUUUAGUGGGUUGCAAAACAGAUUAUUGGUCCACUUAGGCUUGUACCACACAUUUGCUUCUACAUUGGGCUCUUUACCCUAUGUAUUGGGCGGUGUCAAUGUCUUGAUUGCAUUGUACUCUCAAUUCGAAGAAUAUUAA